AUGACCCAGAUUGAGCGCCAAGCCGCCAAAGAAAUAUUUGCACGUGCACCUUCUCCAUUUGUUGGGGGCACCAUAGGGGCAAUCAGUUGCACCCAUGUGCCGAUUUUAGGCCCCAAACAUCAUGAGGAGGCUUACGUCAACCAUCAUGGCUACCACUCAAUAAACGUGCAAAUGAUAUGUGAUCCCAAUUUGAAAAUUUUGAACGUGAAUGCCAGGUUUCCGGGGGCUCGGCACGACUCAUACAUUUGGAGCUCGUGUGCAAUAAGAAGAGUAAUGCGGCGAUCUUUUGAAAAUGGCAAUCACAUGUUUUUGAUCGGUGAUUCUGGAAACCCAUUGGAGCCGUGGCUUAUGACGCCAUUACCAAACCAACCAGAGGCGACACCUAAAUUUCGGUAUAAUGAGGCGCUCUGCAAGGCUCGCAAUCCAGUUGAGAGACUUUUUGGCGUCCUUAAAGGAACAUGGCGAUGUUUAUCGCAACAAAGAGUGCUCUUUUACGAUCCCAAAUUUGCUGGUAAAGUUGUUAACGCGUGCACAGUGUUGCACAACAUGCGUUUGGGUGUGCAAACAUCUGAGCUCGACAGUGUCAUUCCAGCAACCUCAACAGAUAAUUAUCCUGUCAAUACAAAUGCACCAUCUUAG